UGCCUCUUCAAGUCUGCUCUCUUUUUGCACCUAUUUCUCUCUCUCGUACUCAUAUCUUCCAGUAACAUAAGAAGAGAGAGAGAAUAAGAACAGAAGAGAGAGAGAGAGAGAGAGAGAGAUGGCACUUGCAGAUCAAUAUAGCAAGUACACUAUCAGGACAGCUGAGAUAUCAGCAGAGUUCAAGGAGCUGACGAAAAUCUGUCUCCCCAUUGUCGCCACCAACCUCGUUUCAUACCUCAAGGGCAUGUUCUCCGUCGCCUUUAUGGGCCGUCUCGGCCCUCUCGAGCUCGCCGGCGGUUCCCUAGCCGUGGGCCUCACCAACAUCACCGGCCUCUCCAUCCUCUCCGGCCUCUCCCUCUCCCUCGACCCCAUUUGCAGCCAGGCUUCCGGCUCCAACAACCCUUCCCUCGCCAUCUCCGCCCUCCGCCGCACCAUUCUCCUCCUCCUCAUCGUCUCCAUACCCAUCUCCGCCCUCUGGUUCUCCCUCCACUCCAUUCUCAUCUCCCUUUUCCGCCUCGAUCCCGCCGUCGCCGCCAUUGCUCAUUCCUAUGUCCUGUUCUCUCUACCUUCCCUUCUCACCUCUUCCAUCCUCCUCCCUCUUCGCUCUUACCUCCGUUCCCUCUCCCGUCCCCUCCCCUUCGCCGCCGCCUCCACAUUCUCCUCCCUCGCACUCCACCUCCCACUCGCCCCCUUCCUCUCCUCCUCCCACCUCGGAAUCUCCGGCAUCGCCCUCUCCUCCUCUGUUUCAGACUUCGCCACCCUCCUCCUCCUCGCCGCUUACUUCUCCCUCACCCAAAAUCAAAACUUUAACCCUUCUCCCUCCCCCCUCCAUGUCGACGGCCUCGCGUACCUUCCGCUGAAGCCGCAACCACCUCCUCCUCGUCUUCCUCCCUCACCAUCCAACACCUGGUCUCCGCUUCUCCGUCUCUCAAUCCAUAGCUGCCUCGCCGUCUGUUUAGAAUGGUGGUGGUAUGAGCUGGUCAUGACCAUCGCCGCCGGCUAUCUAAUCCAACCUCAAUCCUCCCUCGCCGCCUCCGGUAUAGUCAUCCAAACCACCGCUCUGCUCUACACUCUUCCCGUCACCUUAUCCGCCGCCGUAUCCGUCCGAGUGGGUCACCAACUCGGGGCGGGGCGGCCCGGGCUUUAUCCCUCGCGGCUUCCUGCGCGGGCCUUGCGUGGGCCACGCUCGGCCGGGAGUUGUGGGCCCGCGUUUUCACAUCAGAUAGCGCUGUUCUUCACGGUGGGAUGCGGUGUGCUGCGCGGGUGCGCGCGCCCGGCAGUUGGCGCGGCUAUCAAUCUCUACUCGUUUUAUUUUGUCGGGGCGCCGGCGGCCCUUUUGCUGGCUUUUGGGUAUGGUAUGGGUUUUAUUGGGCUUUGUUUUGGGCUUCUUGCGGCCCAAGUAGUUUGUGCUGUUUCUAUCUUUGCUGCAAUCUGGUCGAUUGACUGGGAUCAGGAGGCCCAGAAGGCUAAUGAUUUGGUUGGACUGAAUGAUGCGGCUAAUACAGUUGGUGUAGUUUUGUAA